AUGUUUUGCCAUCGUUGUCAGCGUCCUCAACAUCAAUAUGGCUCAAUUGAAUAUCAUCUGAACUCAUUUCAGUUGUGCUUUUUGCUCAUGGACGAACUGAAAUCGACUUCGCAUCAACAUCCAACGUUGUUUACAUAUCCUGCAAAUGCCACGUUAAAAGUAAUUCUGUCACAACAUAAGUUUAUUCGCUCUGCAGUAAAACACUUUUCAACGAGAAAAAUAUCAAUAGAAAGUACCAUUGCUCAUUUUGAAGUAGAUGGGAAAGUUGUGGACGAAAACACUCUGUUCUCAUCGGUCGAUAACGUACCAACUUUAACAUUAGUUCUUCCGUCCCCUGGUAUUAAAUUAUCUUUUCAUAAAACAAGAGAUGUUUCACCUGAUCCAGUAAUGUUAGCGAAACAUAGGCAACAUAUGGAUCAACGAUUACCAACUAACAAUGGUCAUCGUAUAAAAGCACAUAAAAUUCAUCGAUAUCCCAAUAGUAGCCUUGAUCUAUUGUUUGAUACAUUGGAUGGGCAAUUAACCUACAUAUUUAGAUAUCUAAGAAGUCAUAUUGGUGAAAUACAUCCAUUUACAACAUAUGCAGUACAACAAUACAUGGACAAUGAUAAAGAAAAGAAAAAAUGGGAACAAUGGGAAACAGGAAUUUAUAAAAUGGUUGGGGAUGCAGAUGGAACUAUUCAUAUUGCAGUUGCCUCAGAUUGGGGUGCUGGCACGAUCGAGAGUGCACUUGUUGCUAGUGCAAUGAUGAAUGGUCUAGAUAAAACUGCUCAACAACAACAAGCAACACCAAAUUUACCCCAUUACUCUAUACAUUUAGGCGAUAUUUACUAUGUUGGUUUAAAAGAAGAGGUUGAACAUUGCUGUUUAGGUGUUAAACCGCAUUGGAGUGAACAAGGAGUGUUCUGGCCAAUUGGGAAAAAUGGCAGUUUUGCAAUACCAGGCAAUCAUGAGUUAUACAGCAGAGGAUAUGGAUAUUGGGAUCAUUUUCUGCCAAGAUUAGGUUUAUUUGAUCCGACCGAUUUAACAAAACCAAUUCACUGUCAAAAAGCGUCAUAUUGGUUAUUAGAAAAUGACAACUGGAGAGUAAUUGGAUUGGAUACCGGUUAUGAUUCGUAUUCAGUAAUUACGAUCGAUAAGUUCCCUAUUAAAUUACCACAUCAAUUAAUGGAUUGGCUUCAGAAUGUAGUUUGUUUAAGUCCAACAAUGACUGAUAAACGAGGUCUACUAUUCUUCUCACAUCAUCAAGUUAUUAGUGCUUGGGGUCACGAGCCGCAUUCAAAUUUUCCGGAACAACUGGCAUCCUUACUACCACCUGGGCGAGUUGUAUUGUAUAUGUGGGGUCAUGAACACCGUUUAUCGUUUUACGAAAAACAAGCAAUACACCGGGACGGUAAAACACUGACAAUGUAUGGUAGAUGUAUAGGGAAUUCGGGAUUUCCAACACUAGUAACUAAAUUACCGUCAAAAGCUCGUGAAACCAAGUUAUUGUACUAUGAUGAUCGCCUUUUUAGUAUUGCUAGUAAAAAUGCUUUUAUAAAUAUGGCAUUAGGUUUCAACGGUUUUGUGUCAAUGAAAUUUGUUAAACCAAAAGAAGAAUUUAAUAAAACAAGUUUGUAUUUAAGUUAUAAAAGUCUUGGUCUAAAAGCAGAUGGUCAACUUACCGAUGAGAAUCCAGUUGAAUUAGUUAGGGAAGAAUGGGGUGUUGAUUCCAAUGGAAAUGUCCUUCUGAUUAAAUUACAACCAGUUAACAAAGAAUUAACGGAAAACGUACAUGUAGGGAAUGAAGACGAUCAGCCGCUAACAUUAUUAGGAUCAUUACAAGCUCUUGAAUCAAGUUAUUGUACAACAUUAUGA